UACAAUAUUGUUCUUUUUGUUUAAUUUUUCUUUGAAUUACUCUCCUGAUAAAUUUUAGUAUUGUAACCAAAAAAAGUGCGCAAGCGUUAAUUUCCGUUUAUUGCCGUUGGUGGUGCUGUGGUACUAAACCAGCAGUAGCAAUACUAGCGCCAGUCGCAGAAAUUUUUUAAUAGAUAACGAGGUAGUUUCAAACUUAUCUGCUAUCAUCUUUGUAACGACACACUUCAGCUGUUUGCAGUUAUUUUUUUUAUAAGUAUAUAUUUUCAGUGUCGUAUGUCCAUCCAGAACCUCCAGACAUUUGACCCCUUUGCUGAUGCAAAUAAGGGUGCGGACGACGAUGUACAAGACGGACUUGUUCAUAUAAGAAUUCAACAGCGAAAUGGUCGUAAGACAUUAACCACUGUGCAGGGCCUUUCUUCAGACUAUGACCUGAAAAAAAUUGUUCGAGCAUGUAAAAAGGAGUUUGCAUGCAAUGGAACAGUAAUCGAGCAUCCUGAGUACGGCGAAGUGCUACAGUUGCAAGGUGACCAGCGUGAGAACAUCUGCCAGUGGCUAACUAAGGCGGGCCUGGCCAAGCCGGACCAGCUGAAGGUCCAUGGUUUCUAACGCCCCCCUGUAUUCUCGAACAACCGCGUUUUGUCUCGUGUAAUAAAACAGAUCGUUUAUCAUUGUAUUACAAUUACAACCUGCUAUUUAUAAUUAAAACGCUGCUGUUAUUUGUAUUAUUUGUAACUGUAAUUAUUGCUAUCUUUAAUUAGUUACUAAUUUUUGAGGCAAACACGUAAUAAUAAUUGUCAAAAUUUUUAAUUAAUUAGUCGUAGUAAAAUGCAAUUUGUUCCCCGGUAAUAUGUACUUGGGGGCCUUUGACGUUUUUAGGGAGAACUUCAUAAUGCAGCAACUAUCUUUAUCACUACUAGUUACUUGAAGAAGAAUGAGAAUCUGCAAGUUGGAGUAAAUUGCUGCAUAUUUUCUUCGCUAAAAUAAAAAACUGACUACCGUUAUCCCAUUAUUACCUAUGAUUACGUAAAGCGUGUUUUGCGAAUUGUUUUAUUAUGUAAUUUGAAAUUUUUGGGUAAAAUAAAUAGCACACACGUGGUAAUAAUAAUAAUAAUAAUAAAUACCGCCACGUUAAUAAUACGUUGCUGUAGAAUAAAGUUCUAAGUGUGCAGUCGUUGUUCAAGUUAUUAGUAAACUGUGAUGACGACUGCAUUUUAUUGUAAACUCAUUUUAUAUUGUGCCUUUCCAUAAUUUCGUGUUUCUGUAGUGUUUUUGAAAGUUUUCGUUAUGAUGUUGACCGUAUUUAGUUGUAACAGGGCUCAAUUCUAAUCUAAUAAAUAAUUUGAAACUUUA